CCAGUAAAGCAAUUUUAGGUCGACGUGCCCGGUAAGAAGAGGAGCGAGGAAUAGGAGGUCUCUCUCGCAGUCGCAGGCUCACACACAAGCCACCGGACACCCGCCGAUACCACCACCACCACCGCUCCCUCUCCGGCCGCCAUGCUGCCGCCGGCCGCCCGCCUCGCGGCCCGCCGCCUCCUCGGCCUCGCGUCCGCGUCCGCUUCACAGUCCGCCGCCCGACGCCUCUCCCCGUCUCCGAUCUCCUCCCCCGCCGCCGCGGCCGCCACGGGUUACUUCUCCAGGGCCUUCUCUUCCGCGCUUAACUACCACAUCGAUUCGCCGGACAACAACCCCAACAUGCCGUGGGAGUUCACCAAGGACAACAUGGAGAAGGUCAACGAAAUCCUAUCUCAUUACCCAAGCAACUACAAGCAAUCUGGUAUUAUUCCAAUGCUGGAUCUUGCACAGCAGCAGCAUGGUGGAUGGGUCCCGGUUGCAGCAAUGGACGCUAUUGCUAAAAUAGUUGGAGUUGCACCGAUCAGGGUCUAUGAAGUUGCAACAUUUUACUCAAUGUUCAAUCGGACCAAGGUGGGAAAAUAUCACCUUUUGGUGUGUGGAACUACACCUUGUAUGAUUCGUGGUUCACGUGAUAUUGAAGAUGCCCUUUUAAAACACCUUGGAGUUAAACGGAAUGAGGUGACAAGCGAUGGUUUAUUUUCUGUUGGGGAAAUGGAAUGCAUGGGUUGCUGUGUGAAUGCUCCCAUGAUUGCUGUGGCUGACUAUACCAAAGGUUCAGAUGGUUACACAUACAAUUAUUAUGAAGACCUCACUCCCAAGCGAGUCGUUGAGCUCGUUGAAAUGCUUAGAAGAGGAGAAACGCCCCCUCGUGGCACCCAGAACCCAGAGCGGAAAAACUGUGGUCCUGCUGGAGGGAUGACCACCUUGCUAGGCGAGCCAAAGCCUCCCCCAUGCAGGGACCUGGAUGCCUGCUAGGUUUGCUUUGAGUUGCAAGCACACAAAUAAGUAGGCCCGGUCGCACUGUAUGUUGCGGAAACCGCGAAAGCGAUUUGAUCUCCUGUUGUUCUCAAAGCUUUCUUGUGGCCAACAAUGGACAUUCGAUUUGAUUGAUCUUGUUGUUGUUGAAGCUUUCUUUUGUCUGACAA